AUGCUCGUACAUUUAUCAAAUACAAGUUCUUAUGUUUGCGAUUUAAAUCGUGGACCCAUCGAACCAGCUAACCGUAUGGCUUCUGCACCAGCAAGAAAAACAACUACUUUACUUGAACAAAAAGAAAGUCUUCCAAGACAAGUACGCACACCGCUUAAACUUCUCGCUCCAGGUGAAAUGCCAAUGGAUACUACAGUUACAACAACUGAUAUUAAUGCUAGUCUUCAACCUGUUUGGUAUACAGAACAAACUAUUAUCGACGAUCAUCAUGCUCAACAAGAAGAUAUUGCAUCAAUUAUUCAAGAACAACAACAACAACAACAAGAAGAAAGAAAAACAGGUCUUGCUCGUACAACAUUAUCACCAAUUCCAAGUGAAAGUCCAAUGAUUACUGAAGAUAUCGAAGAACUUCCAAAUCAACCAUCAUUAAUGCAUAAAUCAUCAACAUUUACAAUUGAAUCAUCAAUAAAUAUUGCUGAACCAUUAUUAAAUGAUUCCGAAAAAGAAAAUCUUAUUAAAGAAAAUGAAAUAAAUCAACCAUCUGAUGAUUCAUUUCGUGCACUCGAACAACUCUUAGGUCUUGGUUCAACAGGAACUGUUCGAGAAUCACCUAAAACAAAUCACGAUACAUUAUCAUUAACGGUUGUAACACCUACAGAUAUUAUUAAUACAACAAGACGAUCUUCACGUUUAAGUUAUGUACAAAAAGGUGGUUCAAGUAGUUUACCAUCAUCACAAGAGAUUCCUGUAAUGCCAACAAUUGAAAGUAUUACAUCAACAGAACCACCAUCAUUUCUUAUGGAAAAUACUACAAUGGAAGAUGAACAACCAUCAACUAUGAAUCAACAAACAACAUUUGAUAUGACUGAUAAUGAUACAAUAAAAGAUGAUAGCAAUAAUGAUGAUGAAACAAAUUUUUCAUUUGAAUUAAAUGAUUUUCCUAAUAAUUCAAAUAAUGACUCAAAUGUUCAUGUUCAACCACCACCACCACCAGCAGAACCAAUGAUAACAAUUCGUGCACCAACAUGUGCUGAUGUUGCUUAUCGAGCUUUGAUUAAACCACGAACAGGUGGAAGAGUAUCUCAACCAAUUAAAGCUGAUUCACCAUUAGCAAAAACAAAUAAAGCUCGUUCAUCAGCUCCAACAACACGCGCACUUCGUUCAAGUUGUCGUCGUAUAUCUUCUGAUUCGGCUUCAUCAAAUACAAAUAUUCAAGAACAACCAUUAUCAACAAAUCCUGAAUGUUUUAUUAAUGAUAAUAAACUUAUUGAGAUUGUUACUUUACCUGAAGAAGAUGAAAAUGAACAAGAAAAAACAAUAUCUGUUACUCUUAAUACAAGUUCAUCCAAAGAAUUAGAAGAAGAAAAUAAUACAUAUGCAUCGAUUCAAUCUGAACGAAUUGCAACACCACAAAAACCAAUUGCACCAAUUCAAUCCGAACAAAUUGCAACACCACCACAACCGAUUGCACCAAUGUUAUCACGUGAAUAUACAUACAACACACCAAAACAUCGUUCAUCUCAACGUAAUCGUUCAACAUUAAAUUCUUUCUAUGCAACACCAAAGCAAACAUCACAACAAACAACUAUACAUGAAGAAGAAAUUGACAUAUCACCAAUUACUUCAAAUUCAAUGUUACAAAUACUCUUAACAAAACCAACAGAAGAAGUUCAAUCAAAAGCACCACAAAAAACUUCAAUUGUCCCACCAUCACCUGUUCGUACUUCAAAACGAAGUACAAUGAAAAAACAAGCAAAUAAUUCACCAUCAAUUGUUUCGAAAUCAAUGUUACAAGUUCUUUUAACUCAACCAACUAACAAUGAAUCAAAUGUUGAACAAGAAAUGUCAACUAUUGAAACUUCAACACCAACUAUUAUUAAUAACGAAGUUACAAAUUCACCAUCAAUUGUUUCAAAAUCAAUGUUAGGAAUUCUUUUAACUCAACCAACAGAAGAAAUUCAACCACAAGUUACACGAAAAUCGUCAAUUAUACCAUCACCUGUUCGACUUUCAAAACGAAUUACAAUGAAACAACAACCAUCAAUUGUUUCGAAAUCAAUGUUAGAAGUUCUUUUAACAAAACCAACUGAAACUGAAACAAGUGUUAUACAAAAAACAUCAGUUUUACCAUCAUCUACACGCACUUCAAAACGAAAUACUAAAAAAGAAGAAACAAUGAAUUCAUCAUUGUUAGGAAUUCUUUUAACCAAUCCAGUAGAAGAUGAACCUGAUGUUGUACAAAAUACAUCAAUUGUACCAUCAUCUGUUGAAAUUUCAAUUCGUAAAAGUCGACGUUCAUCAUCACAUCCAACACCAAGAGUUAGCAUUAAUCCACUUCAUUCAUCAACACCAUCAGCAUCAAGAAAUAAAUCUUUACAAAUGGUUUCCAUUGGCGAACAAGAACAACUUACAACAACUGUUCCACAAGAAAUUAAUAUCGAAUUUCAAUCAGAACAACAAAAUAUUGAAAUUGUACCACUUAAUGAUACUGAACAAAGUCUUGAUCAAGCAUCAACAAUGGAAAUUGGUGUUCAAACAACUCCAAGUCUUGACGUAUCACGUCGUCGUUUUAAUAUGACUCCACAACAAAUAACACCAAUUGUUAUUGUUGAUGAACAACGAGAAAUAACACCAUUACAAUUGAAAGGCCUUACGAAUUUACAACGUAAUGUUCGUUUUCAAUUAACACCAUCAACUGAUGCACGUUUAGCUAUUAAAGAACAAUUUGAAGAGAAUUUACGUGGAUUAAAACCGGAUGUUGUUCUUAAUCCAACACCAAUUAUACCUGAACCUAAACAAAACAAAGUUAAAACUGUUAAACCAAAAAAGAAAGUUAUAACAUCAAAAAAGAAAAAAGUUACUCCAUCAAAAAAAGUCGAAUCAAAAUCAAAAUCAAUUUCAAAGAAAUCUCGUCAACCACGAAAAGAGAAAAAUAUUCAAAAACAAGAACCUAUAACAAAAACAUCUAACAAAUCUCCACGAACUAAACGUGUCAAUUCAAAAGCUAAAGAUACACCAACAAUUACCAAAGAUACAAAUACAAGAAUAAAAACAAAUGCAAUUGCUAAACGCGCUCCACCAAAACGAACAACUUCUAAAGCUACUACGAAACGAACAAUUCCUGAAGUAUCAGCUGAAUUAAUUAAUAAACGAGCUGCACCAAAACGAACAAUUACGGAAGUUCCAAAUGUUAAACCAAUUACAACAAAAUCAAAAACUAAGAAACCAACUUCACAUAAACAAGUUAGUUCGGACGUUAAAAUUGAACCAGCUGUCAUUAAACAAGCAACUCCAGAAGUGAUAAUCGAACCAACUGUUAAACAAACUUCUACUAAACGAGCAAUUUCAAAAACUAAAAAGGAACCAAUUAUCAUGAAAGAAACAAAUCCAGAAGUCAUCAUCGAACCAACUUCGACUAAACGAGCAACUUCAAAAACUAAAAAUGAACCAAGUGUUAAACGAGCUAAAACUUCUAAAUCAGUUGAAGUUAAAAUACAACCCAUCGAAGCACCAUUAAAUCUUCCAAGAACACGAGGUGGUUUAACUAACAAUAAAAAUGAUAUUGCUAAACCAAUAGCACCAACAAAAACGAGCAAACGUCGAUUACCAAGUGUAGAUAAAUCUGAAAAAUUGAAAAAGAAAGUGAAAGAAGAAACUAUUUCACCUGUUAAAAAUACUGAAAUAAACCAAGAAGCAUCGAAAAAGAUCGAAACAUUAACUGUUGCUGAACUUAAAUCUCGUUUAAAUAAACAUAAUGAAAAUAUACCAAAAAGUGCGAAAAAAGCCGAUCUUAUUGCUUUACUUAAUAAAAUUGAAACAAAUUUAAACCAAAAUCAAAAAGAAGAAAUAAAGACAGCAACUGAUAAUACAACAACAACUAAAAUAACCCGCCGACGCAAGAAUUAA